CGGUGCAGCGGCGAGCGGCGCUGACUGGGCACGAUUGGCCCCACCCGAGAGGCGUCGCCAAUUCAGCGGGCUCACGGUCACUGUGGCCCUGGCGGCGCCGCUGCGGGUUUAUCGAAACUCAGGGUCACCGCGGCGGCGUGGUGUCUCAUCAGGGUGCGUUCCUCGCCGGUCACCAGAGAGCAGCCGUACGGGGACCAGUGAGGAGCGUCCGGCGUACGACACCGGUCUGACACACGCCUGGAAAGAUGUCUUCUGAACAAAUUCCAUUUCCCUUCAAGAUCCGUCCUCUUGAAGACGAUGUACAGAAAAAGAUCGCCAAAGACUUCGAGGGCUAUCCGAAUGGCCUCGCCUCUUGCAACCACUGGAACUUCAAGCUGGCGGGGUCGGUGACCGAAGAGGAAAUGGAGAAUCUGUACAACUACCCGCUGGACCCUCGUGACGUCUGGGUGGUAACGCCUCCAAAGUGUGGGACCACUUGGAGUCAGGAGAUGAUCUGGCUUAUCGCCAACGACCUUGACUACGAGGCAGCCAAAAAACCCUUGAUGCCUGACAGGUGGAACUUCAUCGAAAUCGCAGCCAUCAUGGACAUGGAGGGUUUGGCCAAAACAGUCCCGCAGGGCGCCUCGGACGCUGCGUUUGACGUCAAAGACCUGACUGGCGACCCGAACCGCCCCUCACCGCGCUUCGUCAAGUCGCACCUGCCCAUAUCGCUCAACAACCCGCGCCUCCUGGACACGUGCAAGGUGGUGUACGUGGCCAGGAACCCAAAGGACGCCUGUGUCUCUUACUACAACCACAACCGGCUGUUCCGUGACUGCGGCUUCAACGGGGACCUCGAGCUUUUCGUGGAGCACUUUAUGAACGAGACCAUCGUGGAGACACCGUUCAUCGAGCACAUGAUCGAGGCGUGGAACCUGCGACACCGCCCCAACAUGUGCUUCCUCUUCUUCGAGGACAUGAAGAAGGACCUGAGGGCGCAGUUGCGAAAGGUGGCGGCCUUCCUCGGCAAGUCCUACAGCGAGGAGCAAAUCGACAAGCUGGCCAGCCACCUGCACAUCGACAACUUCAAAAAGAACCCGUACGUCAACAUGGAGCACAUAAACGCGUCUGGAGCGGUUAACACUGACCGCGGGUCUUUUAUCCGCAAGGGUAAAACAGGCGACUGGAAGAACCACUUCACCUCCGAGAUGACUGAGAAGUUCGACAAGUGGAUGGCGCAGAAAAUGAAAGGCUGCGACCUCAAAUACGUGGAGGAGCUGGAUCAUCAGGAUUAGAGACGGAUUUAGUUCUGUGUAUGAGUAGAGCAUGCAUCAUCGUGACAGCGAUUUUUGAAACAAGGAAGGGAUCAAUUGAUUGGAGCUUAGGGUCUUUUGAGAGGAACCAACUCAUGACUUUUACAUUAUAAGGACUGUGUUAUGGAGUAGUGUGAUAGACGGCUGUGUAGUAAAUACUGUGUAAUAAAAAUGCAUUAAUAUAUCAUUUGUUUAUGCAUCAAUUAGUGACAUGCUAUUACCAUGACAAUGACGGUGUAACCAAUAAAUUAAUUUUGCGUGAAAAGAAAUUCAAUGGACAUAGCUGCGAAACGAGCCAUGAUCAUGUGCAGUAUAACAGGAGUAACAAUGCAAUAUUUACCGUCCGCAUGUAAAAGGCUCAUGUCUGUUAUAAGAAGUUCUAGUAAACAAUGCAGGUAUAGGUACUGUGCGCUUCCAUUAUACCCUGUACGUCUUCCAUUCUAACCUUAUAUUGCAAU